CUACAUUGGAAAAAGAUUUAUGUUUUAAUCCUAUUUAGUACAAAUUUCACAUAAAAGAAAUCUAAAGUUCUCUUUAAAAAAACAUGGUGGCUUUUGAAACCAUUAAUUUGUUAUUUGGUGUUUUUGCUUUCCUUUGUGCUCAAAGCCAAAGUUUCAGAGUUGAAAUCAUCCACAUUGAUUAUCCAAUAAACUUACAUUCGUACAACCCUUCAAAGCCUAGGGCUGAAUAUCCAAAGGACGACACUUUUCUCCCAUCCCAAUCGCGCGUCGCCCAAAUCAAGCGACGCGCGGCCACUACUGCGCCGGGCCUCCUUGGCUCUGCAACGGCUAAGUUUGCAACCGACCUUGAAUACGCCAUCGGAUACUACGCCAUGAAGUUCUCCACUGGCACGCCUCCGGUAGAGAGGUUCGCCGCAAUGGACACCGGCAGCGACCUCACGUGGAUACAAUGUGAGCCAUGUCGAGGCGUAUGCUUCCCGCAAGACAUGCCGUUGUUCGACCCGUCAACGAGCUCGUCGUACACAAGGUUGCCGUGCGACACCCCGAUAUGUCUCGAGGGUGGCUGGUAUUCAUGCGACACCUCCACCAACCUAUGCCAUUAUGACUACGGCUAUAUGGAUGCGUCGUACACUCAUGGUGACUUAGCUUACGAUACUCUUGUGAUCGGUGACACGUCCUUCCCGAAUUUUGUGUUCGGGUGUGGUUUCAAUAACUCCGGGACGAAUACGCCCCUGACCACCGGAAUUUUCGGCCUCAGCAAUGGCGAUAAUAUUUCCUUCAUCAAACAGGCCAACAUUGGGAGGUUCAUGUAUUGCCUUCCGUGGUAUUCCGAAGCUAAUGUCUCCACCCACAUCGCAUUCGACUCUGACGCUGUGAUCACAGACCCAAACGGUGUCGUUUCAACCCCUAUGGCCGGCACAUAAUCUGGGUACUGGAUCACGUUAGAAAACUUUAGUGUCGGGGGGAAACGGUGCUUUGCAAUCCCCUGAAUGAGUCGACCGGCAGAAUGCUGGUCGACU